AUGGGCGAGUUGGAAAUUUCCGACGAUUUGAAGACAGUCGAUGUACACGAAAAGACCGAUGCCUCAUCCGAGCGUUGGGAGGCGCCUUCUGAAUGGUUGACUCGAUUCAUCGACGAGUAUAGUGGGCGACAUGGCGGAGAUACAGAGACGUUGCCACCAGGCUCCGAUCCGAACCUGGUGGCUGCAGUCAUAUUCACCAUGAACGAAGAGGAGUCCGUCAUGGCUCUCAAGUCAUUGAUUGAAAGCCAGUCGCAAGACUAUACCUUUGAUCAUGUUCAAAUGACGCGAAUCAAGAAUCUGAUUAAGGGCAACGAAUUCUGCGAGAUGGAACAUGGCGAGUGGUCCUACGAAGUGUGCAAGACUGCAGGCUUAAUGCACAACUGGUCUCCGUAUGCUGAAGUCCGCGCUGUGACUAUACCAUACGAUGAUCCUGAAGAAGCAUGUGAGAGUCUUCGGGCCUACUUUCUCGGCUUCUUUUGGGUCUGCGUUUGUACAGCUGUCAAUACAUUCUUCAGUCCCCGACAGCCAGGUAUCUCCAUUCCGAAUCAAGUCGUCCAAUUGCUUUUGGUUCCCAUGGGCCGCUUCAUGGCUUCUGCCCUUCCCGAUUGGGGCGUAACUAUCCGCGGUACGCGAUAUACUCUGAAUCCUGGUCCAUGGACCUCGAAAGAACAGCUUUUUGCUACUAUCAUCUUCUCCGGAGCAUCGACUAUCGGCAACUUUACUGGACUGCUCGUGAUGCGUCUUCCAAUCUUUUUCAACCAGGAAUGGGCUGGCUUUGGAUUUGCAAUUUCACUCGCUCUUGCGAAUCAAAUUUAUGGCCUGGGUAUGGCUGGUAUCCUCCGUCGCUUGACAGUGUAUCCCAUCGAGGCAGUCUGGCCGAGCGUUCUUCCGACCCUCGCGCUGAACCGGACCCUCAUCAACGCCGAUAACAAGCGUGAAACGAUCAAUGGCUGGACCAUGACUCGAUACGUGUGCUUUCUCAUCGCGAGUGUCGUCUUCCUCAUUUACUACUGGAUUCCAAACAAGUUCUUUGAAGCUCUUCGCCUCUUCAAUUGGAUGACUUGGAUUGCUCCCAACAACAUCAAUCUCGCGGUCGUCACCGGCUCGUAUGGCGGCAUGGGUUAUAACCCAAUUUCUAGCUGGGACCCUAACGCUUCGGGUUCGACAGCCAUGAACUCGCCAUUCUUUGCACAACUUCAACAGUACGUCAUGCGCGUGAUUGGAGGUAUUGUGAUCAUGAUCAUGUACUACAAGAAUGCAUUCUGGUCGGCAUUUCUACCAAUCAACUCCAAUGGAGCAUUUGACAACCAGAUGAAGUCGUAUAAUGUUAGCGCUGUGCUCAACGAUGACAAUCAGGUCGACAUUGACAGCUACAAGACGUAUGGUCCUCCGUACUACGCCAUCGCCAAUCUAUUCGUCACGGGCGCCAACUUCAUCUACUACACAUUCUCCAUUGUCUACGUCUUUGCCAAGUACUGGAAAGCUCUCAAGAAGGCCUUUGUAGGUAUGGUUGUCAACACAAUCAAGCGCCAGUCUAUAUACACUGGUUUCGAAGAUGGUCAUACCCGACUAAUGCGCCGCUACAAAGAGGUUCCAGAGUGGUGGUAUGGCAUUGUAUUCGCCUUUGGCUUCAUCAUAAGCAUCGUCUCGGUGACGGCGUGGCCUACUCAGACACCCUGGUACUCGAUCAUUGGCGUUACUGGCGUCGGUGCUCUAUUGACGAUCCCCUGGGUGAUUAUUGAGUCUAUCGCGACAACAGGAAUCAGCCUCAAUGUCAUUUGGCAGUUUUUGCCUGGCCUCUGGUGGCCCGGACGGCCCCUCCCGCAGCUGGUUAUUCUCAUGCUUGGUGGAGCAUUCGAACAAAUGGCUGGCGGCUUCACAGCGGACUUGAAGUACGCUCAUUACGCCAAGCUCCCGCCGCGGGCUGUAUUCAGAGGUCACGUUGCAGCAUGCGUGGUCAAUUGCUUCAUCUACUGUGCCAUUCUCCAAGUGAUGCUGGUCUACUUUAACGAGGACAAUACUCUGUGCCAAUGGAACAACAAGGAGCACAUGGUAUGCAAUUACGCCAACCAGGUGUUUGCUUCAGUCAUCUUCUUUGGUGCGUUUGGAACCAACAACAUGUUCAAGCUGUAUCCCGGCCUCCCGUGGUGCUUCUUGGUCGGCGCCAUCCUCGGCGCGGCCUGGGUCAUUGGCGAAAAGGUCCUGCCCCGAGUGCGCCAAUACCUUCAAGCGAAAAUGGACGAGAAGCGAUUCCUUUCCUUCGACAAGUACUUCUGGCAACCCUCUGAAAGCGUCAUGAGCUGCCUCAACCCAGCAAUUGCCCUGUCUGGCGCAUUGCAAUGGACUGGCAAUAACAAUCUAACUUAUGCGACGCUUGGUAUCUACAUUGCCUGGUACUUUCAAUACUAUCUCAAGCGUCGGUACACGGCUUGGUGGGGCAAGUAUGCAUACAUUAUCUUUGCCGGUCUUAGCGUUGGUGUCGCUAUUUCCGGAUUGAUAACGACGCUCGUCUUCAGCUUUGGGGCUGGUAAGAAUGCAUCAUUUAGCUGGUGGGGGAACAAUGUCGCACAACAGGGUUUGGACUGGCAACUAUACAAUAACAAUGCCUCUCUCUUGCCCUUACCCAAAUCGGGUUACUUUGGUCUUGCGCCUGACCAGUACCCUCUCGACUGGUAA